GCCCCAAAUUAACACAAACGAUUCUAUGCGUGCUCUGCAGUGGUUUCGAUGACGAUGCAGCAGCCCUUCGGUUACGCACUCGAGUCAUACUGAACGUAGAACAUUGUCGAUAAAGUAGUUUUAAGGAACGCUGCACCGACUAUCCUGGGAAGCUGAGUUGCCAAAUCGCUGGUUCACGAUGGUGUUCCCAAACUAUGGAGUGUUCAGGGCAUUCGCGAUAUUUGCGGGUGUUUUCGGAAUCAUUCAAUCUUUCAUUUGGAUUGGAUUUGCUAUUACCGGAAUAGUGGCGUACUACUGCGAUAUGGAUUUCUCCAACCAGACAAGCUCUUUGGGCUCUUUGCUAACCCUAACGUUUUUCCGACAGUAUUUCCAAGGAACAUGCAGCAUUACACUCCCUCUCCUAGACAUGUCGGCCGUCUGGGCGCUGAAUCUACUUUCACCGGGAGACCUGCACGCCUGGGUUUGGGUCUACCUCAUUCUGCAUAUGUUUUGGGCAAUCAGCUCUCUUCUCCUGAUCACCAAUGCUCGAAAAAAGUACGUCCGGUACAUCAAUAUUUUCUUGUACAUCUGGAUCGCAAUCACGGUGGUAAUCAGCGUGCUGGACUUGGCGCUAGGAAUUCAAUUCGCCGUGGAUUAUGACACCAUCAUUCAUGCGCUUUUCCUACGGCCCUAUCCCGCUCCAGAUUCGGCAGAUCAGGUACUUUUGAUGUCAGCGACGGUUUCCGGGAUUAUGCUGGUGAUGGCAUUCCGUGGUUUUAUUAUUUGGAUCGCCAAUAUCACGUUGAUUGUGUACUUGUUUACGCAAACCUUCACCAUCUACGAUUACAAUCAGUUCCGACGAAAGAGCGGUUCAAUCAACCCAGCUUUUGUCGGACAAACCAGCGGAACGCGGCGAGCUCCAAUAGAUGCUUAUGACAUGGGUCAAUCGCAAAGCCAGAACCAAGAUGAUAAUCGCCGCCCGUAUAAUGCUUCGGUCAACUACCGUCGACCAUUGGAUCGUAUCUCCGAACAACCAGCAGAAACAAUCGUCGAACGACCAAUCCAACAUCAAACUCCGCAAGAGUACUCCAAUCAACCAAGAGUAUUUACGCCUCAACCGAGCACCUCCGUGAAUCGUACCUUCGAGCCUCUUGCCAGACAGCCCUCCGUAGAACGAGAAGAGAUACGUCCAGACCCACCAAAGCCAAUUCCACCGCCUCCACCACCAAAGAACUUUAAUAUGAAUACCGUCGUACGGCGAGAUGCCGCCGCCGCAAAGGUCGCUCAAGAACUAAACUACCGAAAUAGCUUCAACGUUGCCAACGGUAAUGUUGGUCCAAGUAACGGUCUAAGGACCUUCUCCGCUGUCCCUCCAUCAUCCGCAAACAACGAGCCGGAUCUUCCCACACCAAACUACAGCCCUCCAAUGCCAAGAAUCAACCCCUUUGAAAACCGACCUCCGUUGAGAUCAGUCCUCAGAAAUUCUAGGUAUCAGUGACACCAACCCUAGAGGUAAAUAGCUGUCUGCCGCAUAUGACAAACUCGUUUAAUGUACAUUAAUUAAAGUAGUUAUUAAUAAAGAAAACACUAUUAUAA